UUUGCCUUUCCCCGCCUGGGCAGCAUGUUUAUGACUGAAAGCAAAACCUCCUUUUUGUUUGCUUUCUAUUGCUCUGAGGACAAGGGGCGUCCAUUGUGCUUAUUGGCCUGAGAGGAGGAAAAGGAAGCCUCCAGCCCUCCUCUUGUCACAAAAUGGCGGACGAAGGGGCGCCCUCUUCCUCCGUCAGUUGCCCUGUUUGUUGCCUCCAGCUCCCAGCUGCUGCCAUCAACGCACAUCUGGACAGAUGUUUGCAAGGCCGAGAGGGAGAAGGAGAGGGCCACGAAGGAGAGGGCGAUCAGGGGGCUCCAGCAGCCACAUCUAAGGACGCCCCUUGCAGCAAGAAGAUGCGCCUCAGCCCCACUCAUUGCGGGAGAGCCUUCCCCCUUUUCCACAAGGGGCGCAGCAGCAGCAGCAGCAGCCCUGGGACAGGGGCCGAGAAGCAGCCCCCUCCAGAGACGGAGCUGGAGGGGGAAAGCCUGGCCCAGAAGCUGGAAGGGAAGCCCCUGGCGGAGAAGCUGCGCCCCAGCCACUUGGGGGACUAUGUGGGGCAAGGGCGGGUGCUGGGGGAGGAGACCCUCCUCAGGUCCCUCCUGGAGGCCCACGAAAUCCCCUCCCUCAUCCUCUGGGGGCCCCCCGGGUGCGGAAAGACUACCUUGGCGCACAUCAUUGCAAACAGCAGUAAGAAGAAUGGUACGCGGUUUGUGACAUUGUCAGCAACAAGUGCCAAAACCAACGAUGUCAGAGAUGUCAUUGCUCAAGCCCAAAAUGAAAAGAGACUCUGCAAGAGGAAAACCAUCCUCUUUAUUGAUGAGAUACACCGUUUCAAUAAAUCUCAACAGGACACGUUCCUUCCACACGUUGAGCGUGGAACUGUGACACUGAUUGGGGCAACCACAGAAAACCCUUCUUUCCAAGUCAAUUCUGCUCUUUUGAGCCGAUGUCGUGUUAUUGUUCUUGAGAAGCUGUCAGUGGAAGCAAUGGAAGCUAUCCUGAUGCGAGCGGUCAAGUCCUUAGGGAUCCAGAUUUUAAGCCAAGAGAAGCAGUGUGCUGGCUCUGUGAAUGGCAGCAACAGCAAGAGCUCUGAGUCAUGUGUGUGUAUUGAGAGAAAAGCCAUCAACACACUUGCUUACUUAUGUGAUGGUGAUGCAAGAACUGGAUUGAAUGGACUCCAGAUGGCAGUUCAGGCCACAUCAAUGAAACUCUCCCAUCAGAGUAGUACUGAUGACUCUUCCACUCAAGGGUUGAUCAUCACAGAAGAUCACGUGAAGGAAGGUCUCCAGCGGUCCCAUAUUCUUUAUGAUCGAGCUGGUGAGGAACAUUACAAUUGCAUCUCUGCUCUCCAUAAAUCUAUGCGAGGCUCUGAUGAAAAUGCUUCUCUUUACUGGCUUGCUCGAAUGCUUGAAGGUGGUGAGGAUCCACUGUAUGUGGCAAGGAGGUUGGUGAGGUUUGCAAGUGAAGACAUAGGACUGGCAGAUCCCUUGGCACUAACUCAAGCUGUUGCUGCUUAUCAAGGUUGCCACUUUAUUGGAAUGCCAGAGUGUGAGGUCUUACUAGCACAGUGUGUCGUCUAUUUUGCCAGAGCACCAAAGUCUAUAGAGGUGUACAGUGCUUAUAACAAUGUCAAGUCGUGCCUGAGAAACCACCAAGGACCCCUUCCACCAGUUCCUUUGCAUUUGAGGAAUGCACCUACCAGACUCAUGAAAGACCUUGGCUAUGGUAAAGGUUAUAAAUAUAACCCUUUGUAUAAGGAACCUGUAGAACAGGAGUACCUGCCUGAAGAACUGAAAGGAACUAAUUUUUUUGCACAAUAAGGAUGUACACAGGAACGUUUUUCUCUACCAUGCUGCUCACACUUUUGUAUUCUCCAGUAUUUUCUUACCAUUUCAGUUCUAUUUUAAAGCCACUCUGUAAUCUGAGUUGAUAAUACUGAAUUGCAUGGCUCAUAUUGGCAUGUCUUUUGAUAGACAUGUUCACGAUUUGUUAAUUAGCAGUCUUCAUCUGGCAUAGGUUGAACUGUUUGUCUUGGAGAGGAAGAUUCUCAGAUGUUUGGGACACUAUGUUGCAAAGUGAUGGCUGCAGUCUAGUUUGCAGUUGGCUAGAUCAACUGAAAUCAUUGGACUUUAAUAACCAUAUGUGAAUCAGAUAACAUAUAUUCUUUUUAAAAAAAAUACAGGAGGGGACAAGUCUAGAUCAAAUUAGGCACGUUUAAUCAAAAUAGAUUAAGCAGGCACUUAGUACUCCAUGUAUAAUCAGUGGGACUUAAAAAUGCCAAAUUUUAUUAUGACCAUAUCCUUUGUUAGUAAAUUUAAUAUGAUUUGCUCAGAACUGUGAAAAGGGGCUUGGAAAGAAAAAUACUACAUUUGUGCCUUAAAGUAGAAAACAGUUUUGUCUAAUUGUUUUUGAUAUUUUGAAACUGCUUAAAUAAAGUUGAUUUAAAAAUG